UUUGUCAAAAAUGGCUACUCUUGAUCCACUCAUAUGAUGCAAAUACUGAAUGCAUUGGGUCAUUAUCAACUAAUAAUAUCAUUGUUUUCCCAGUACAUAGUAUUUAUAGAAUGAAGUAUCUGAAGUGCUGUUAAUACAAGCUUGACUCAUUGAGGGUGCAUAAUUGUGUUAUCAAAUGUUGCGAUUGCACGGCUAUCGUGCAACAAUUAAUGUUAUCUUCAUUCACCUAUACAUGCAGCACGUCAGCAUGAUAUGAUAUCAGCGGCCGAAGGAACCAGCCCCUGAAACAUGAAGAAUCGUUGCGUGCUCGCGUUGUCGUUGCUCCUGCCGGUGGUAUUAGGCCUAGCCCUGCAGGAGGACGACCUGGUGUUCGACGACGUCGGCGAAGAGAACAGCAGUCCCGCGACAGUGAUCAGCCGGCGUUACGAAGAGCUUCGAACCAGCUGGCACGAGCAGAAACGACCGCACGAGUCGAAGAGACUCCAGGUCGAGAGGUUAUGGGGCGUUCCCGACGUCGUCGUGCCCGUUGGCCACGUUCUCAAGCUCAGAAUCCCGAGGCAAGCGUUCACAGGACCCUUGGAUUAUUACGAGGUGUUCGACGCGAAUGGAAACGAGCUGCCACGAUGGUUGUACUGGGACGACGCAGCGUCGACGUUGAUGGGUAUCCCAUCGAAAAAGGAUGUGGGUAGCCAUCACUUGAGCGUGAAGGCGAUCGGAAAACACGGUGACACAGCCAAGGAUCUGUUCGUGGUGCAAGUGGUACCCGAGAAGCACGAGGAAUUGAAGCACAGAGAUGGAAAGACGCACUGCAACGAAGGGGAAGAACAAACCUUGUUGACGAUAUUGCUGGACACCAGGUUCGACAACCUUUCGCCAUCCAUGCGGGUCAAUACCAUCGACAAUCUUGCUGGCUUUCUAGGACUUCAUUUGAGCUCCUUCUCCAUGCACCCGCAGAACCUUAAGGACAACAUGGACUCCUCCGUGGUCCUCAGUGGACCUGGAAACGUGAAACACCGUAAAGAGAAACACUUAACCGCGAUUCAGUGGCAGGUCGGCUGCGACGGUCGCCUGUGGAAGCAUCAGACGGACUUGGUAAACAGGCUACGGGAGCAGGCGAAAGAUGGCACCCUGGCGGAAGUGAUGCAGCUUCCGGUCUUACUGUGGCGCGUGAAGACCGAAUCGAGCUAUUUAUUGAGAAACCGAAGGGAGACUGGGUCAGGAAACUACGAGGGCAAUCCGGACGAUUACAGUAAUUACGACGAUGAUUACGACGACGACUACGAUGACGGCGAAGGAAACGACGAGGAUGGUGAAGACUCACCGGUGCAGCCGACCAUUGUACCGGAAACGAGCGUUCCCAGAGGAAGCCUUGGUCCGGAACAUCCCCAUAGACAUCACCAUGGGGAAGAGACCAUCGAUUGGAACACGGACCAGAUCGACGAGGAUAUUAUUCCGAUCGAGAAUCAGCCGAACGUUGCGGAGAACAAGAGCGCCACCGACACGUCUCCAGCUACAACAACCACUGAACUUACAUCACCACCACCAUCAUCAACAACAUCAACAACAACCACCUCCACCGCGACGACUAGCUCGACAACAUCAACAACUACAACAGCAACAACAGCACCGACAACAACAUCAACAACAAUCCAACAACCACCGUCAACGGCCACUAGUACAACUACUAGCACAACAACGACAGCCACAACAGCAGAUACAACGACGGCUAGCCUCCUACCGAGCACCAUUGUCCCGUCGACCGAGACGUCGUCCGAGAGGCCGGAGAUCACCGAGGAACCGACCAAGAACACCAGAUACACGGACAACGAAUCUCUAAACGUCUCAUCCGUCAUUACAAUACCAGAAUUCAUCACCGUCCCUCCUUCGGUAAUCGUUCCUAAUUCUAGCACCACUGGAACUACGUCGAGCACCGUCGUCGACAGAACGGAAACGGACGUCACCGGUGGUACUGUUAAUGUCUCCACGGCAGAGCCAACGGAACAGACAGUGACCUCGUCGAAACAACCCACCAUUCUAGUAUCUUCCACGACACCUGUGAACACGACAGAUUCCAUGACCGUCAUAUUCGUUCCGAAUGUCACUACAACACCCUCUACUACAACGACACAAAUGAGAACGUCACCAACUACCACGUCCACAACAACCACUACCACUACGACUACCAUGGCUCCGACAACACCCACUACUAUGCCCACUACCACUUCGACAACUACUACCACUACCACUACUACAACCACCGAAUCGCCCAAAGUUACGGAGAACGUGGAGUACGGCGUUCACAACUUCCCACCUACGCGUGAUAGGAGGCUGAAGAAGAUACCGGUGACCGCUGGUAAAUUGUUGAGCUACGUGAUACCACCGAACACGUUCAGCGACCCAGAAGACGGAGAUACGAGAAACUUGAGGCUGAGCUUGUACUUGCAGGGUUCACCUCUGAAGACCACCCACUGGCUUCAAUUCAAUCAGCGCACGCAAGAAGUUUAUGGAUUACCGUUGGAGAAUGAUAUAUCCACCUGGAUGUACGAGCUGGUGGCUGUAGAUAGCGACGGACAGAACGUAACGGAUCAACUGGACAUUCACGUGCAGCAACACAAACUUAGUCGCAGCGUUAAUCACGAGUUCAGUAUCUACCUGAGGAUCGAAGACCGUUCCGAGUUUCCAACGGAAGUUGACUGGCAGCUAAAGGUAAUUCGAGGAAUAGCCGAAUUAUAUGGAGAUAGCGACUCCAGACAUAUUACUGUUCGAUCGAUCGACAUUGACCACGAUCAAGCGAUCUUCACUUGGACCAACGACAGUUUACCUAGAAGCAGCGAGUGUCCCAAGGAAUACAUCAAUGAUCUAUUGCACGUGUUGAUUGAUAGAAACGGUGAUCCCAGCCCUGGGUUGAGGGAAGUACUCAAACCCGAAAUCAGAGUGAAACGAGUAAUUUAUCAGGGUAUUGGACAGUGCGAGGACAUGAUACGACCAGAAGCACCAAGAGUUUCCACUCAAGAGCCUAAAUCAAACUUCCCGCCAUUGCCAAGGAAUCAGGUGGAUCUAGUCAAUGCCACCGUUGGCAUGUUGCUCGUAUUUAAAGUGCCGGAGGACACCUUCUACGACGCUGAAGAUGGCUCCGCUCGCAACAUGCAAAUGAAUCUAUUGACCAUCGAACGCAAGCCUAUUCCACCGCACGAGUGGUUACAGUUCGAUAGCAAGAAUCAAGAAUUUUAUGGUGUACCAAUGCGCAGCGAUGUCGGACGCAAGGAGUAUCAAUUAGUCGUUACCGAUAAAGAAGGUGCAAGUGCUACCGAUGGCCUAGUCGUUGUCGUGCAUCCUGCUCCAUUGAUGCAUCACACAGUAGAGUUCUCGAUGACUCUAGAUAUACCUUACGAAUCGUUCGCUCAUUCCGCUCUUCAGAAGCGCAAUUUCAUCGAAAAAUUGCGGGAUCUGUACAAAGAUAGAGACACUAACGCGAUCUCGUUGCACAGUAUAUCAAACGGUAGCACAGUGGUCACUUGGCACAACAGAACCUUGCCUACCUCAUAUUGCGCGCGCGAAGAAGUGAACAGAUUGCAAUCGGUGCUAGUGAAGAGCGACAACGCUCGUCGAUCCGUCACGGACGAGGUCCUAGAAGCGAUGGGUUCGAAAUUCCCCGUGAAACAGAUCAUGGUGAUCCCGAUGGGAAUAUGUCUGAGUGAAUUGCCCGGUGUUCACUCGCCAGACAGCUACGUUCCACCGGUGGACGAUACCACUCCUGUCGGAACGUUCCACGAUGAUUACCUCAUCACGUUCGUCCUGCCAGCUAUAAUAAUCGCCGUGAUGCUGAUUUUGGCGGGUAUCAUCGCUUGCGUACUGUACAGACGAAGACGCAGCGGGAAGAUGAGCGUCAGCGAGCAGGACGAUGAGAGACAGAGUUUCCGCAGUAAAGGAAUACCGGUUAUAUUCCAGGACGAGCUGGAUGAGAAACCGGAUCCAGGUAACAAGUCACCUGUAAUUCUAAAAGAAGAAAAACCACCGCUACCACCGCCCGAGUAUCAAAAGACGGAGGACGGCGCGGACGUGCCGAUGUUGCCAAAAGAGAACUCCGAGGAACCGUACCAACCACCGCCUCCGUUCGCCACGAAUCGCGACACCAAUCGUCAGAAUCGUCCCAAACCCACCCCAACGUACAGAAAACCACCCCCAUACGUACCUCCCUAACAAAAUACAGUCCACUCGCCCACGCGCAAAUAUAUGCUAGCGAUGCUCGGAGACUCCCCAAUACACGCGCAAAACCAAACCAACUAUCAGAAGAAGCCACAGUUCGUCGGUAACAACGUCGACAACUGUGGUGGAUCUCUGAACGUAUACAGCAAUCUUAAGUAAGGCUUUCGUUGGUCCGAGAUUCAAUAUCAGGUAAUAACAGAUGAAAGAAUCGGUUCGCGAGAGUUCGCCAAAUCGCGCCCACGUUUACUUACUUUGUAAUAAUAUACAUAUUAUUAUACUCAUUCGUCGCUAUUUAUCCGCGGUGUAACGUAUUUAAGAGAGAAAGGAGAGUACGCGAGGGCGUUUGCCCUUGUGUUUUUUUUCUUUUUUUACUGCGAUGUACGCGAGAGUGCAAUUUAGGCUUCCUUCAGUUGGGAGGGAAGAUCUGUCGGAAGAGGAACUUGGACUUUCAAUCCCUUAGAUUCUUUACGAGCUUAGAUCUCUCUAGGCACAAUUUAUGCUCUCUCUUCUCAUACUAUCCUUCGAUAGUACAUGUGUCUCACCACAGUAUGGUUGGUAGAGACUUAGGCUCUACCUGACGUUCCAUAUACUGCAUCUAGACUCUCCCUAUAAUCCCACACACGAACUAUACUCUGCUUAAGUUCAUGCUGCCUGGUGUCCCAACUUUCCGCCUAACUCGAGAGGGGUCUGCGUUGCACCCGUGUACUUUUACCGACCGUCUUGUAUUUCACGGGAACUUUUUCUAGGGAGUGUACGGGAUUACAAAUCACGCGUUGCCUUUCGUAACGAAUUCAAACUGUAGAGAGGAAGGAUUCACUUACUCCGACCGGGUAUAAGCGGAUAUUUUAGGUUUUAGGUUUAUGAAACCGUAGAACCAGCGUCGUUAGGGCGAGAUGUUUGUAUUCGGCGAUAACGAAGUCGCGUGUGCAGCAACGAUACUCGUUCACGUUUCAGUAAUCAGUGCCAUUUUUUAAGCAAUAAGAGUAUCAAUGCUGUGAACGGGAAGUGGAGAGAAAAAAACGCGUACUAUUUAAAUGGUUCUACUGAAAGACUUGAAACGCGGUGAAACGGUCUCCAAGUAUCCAAGGACUAUCGACUUAAACAUACAACGUACCUACUUACAUCGUAUAACACUGCCACGUGAAGGAUAACUGUGAAGAACUCGUCGUCGGACGAGGCAGUUUCUUUUGUUCGCCGAUUACUCAAUCAUUUUUUUAUACAUUGUCUUAUAAAAACGAAGGAAAGAAUGGAACUCGAACUGGCCCCAUCCGACGAUCAGUUGUCAGACUUAAACGUUAAAUGAAAAAAGAAACUAAGAGAACUGAGAAUUUUUUUAAUCCGUAACUUAAUCGAAUAUAUCCGUUCGCGCGAUGCCAUUUGCAGAGUGACAGCAAAAUGCUUCCAUUGGCGCUGUAGGCCAUGCAGAAUAAAAGGAUAACUAAUGAUAAUAUAUACAAAUAUAUAAUAUAAAUAUGUAUAUUACCUAUUUGUCGUUCGAUAGACAGUCUGAUGCAGCCAUUUUAAGUCGAUGUCGUUUUAAAACGCCGCCAGACCCACGUCGUAGCAUUUACCUUUUUCGUUUCUUUAUUAUUAUUUCUCAUGAUAUGCACACUGUACAGAAAGCUUUCUGUUUAUCUUUAAUCCACAUUUUUUUUAAGUACGUACAAUUAUUCUCAUUUUUAUAACGUACGACCACUUAAGAUUUUUGUACUCGUUACACGGUGAGAAAAACAUGCGAGCCUUACGUAUCUUAACGAUUUUAAACCCGUCGAGAGCUAAUUUAAUUUAGAUUUUACAUAGUUACCAAGCCAAAAAGUACUAACUAUUUAAAGCAGAGGGGAAAAUGGAAAUGGAUAAAGGAACAAAGUAACAAGAUCUACUUUUAACCUAUAGAGCGCGAUGACCGUACCCGGUGCGCAGAGCGUACGUUUUAUGAAAGAAAAUUGAUUCGGAAAAAAUCAGCCACUCUGUUGCAAGAUUGCAAGGAAGAAAAAGAAGUAACGAAUGAUUUGUAGACGGGAUACGGGUAAACACGCGCAAAUAAGAUUUCUUCGACACCUCGAUGAUUUCCUGAUAUUUUUUAAAAGAGGAAAACACGAGGACGUGGAAGAACGGAAAGAAACGAAGAAAAUCGAUAUCUUUUUCGCGUACCUCGAAUUUGAUGGCUCCGUUUAUCCGCCUCUACGAAGCAAAGGAUACAGUGUUAACGAAUCCGCAAAUUUGGGGUCACUCCUAAACAAAUCACGUGUGAAUGAUACUGCUGAUAAUGAUGAUAAUUGUGUAUGUAGAAUGAUAAACGGAUGUUUCGUAUGCAAGCUAAAAAUUACGAUAUAAUAUAUAUUACUAUUAAUUCA